AUGGGCGAUGUAGAGUGUUGCGAUAAGCCAGAGUGCGACGAUGGUGUAGAAGAAUGGCGUUCUGACCUUCCACAAAAAGUCGUCACACUGGUCGAACAAUUCUCUGAAAUAUUCAGAGUUGAUGACAUAACUCAGCUGCGUGCGGAAGGUGAAGCAUGUUGUAUGUUGCGAUAUCAAGGCAGGUGCGUCCCUGAAGGUGAAGCCGUAUUGGUAGAGCGUCGGCAUCACGCCCGUGCACUGGACGAUGGAAGGACAGCGGCAGCCGUGCUGCGGUGGCACAGGGUUAAGGACGCCGUGGCUGCCCCGGUCACAGGUCCGAGGAUGCAGGCACGUGUCACACCCCCAGUCGCGGCAGGACAUUUCUUGGAAGACGUGUUGAAGGCACAGCAAUAA